CGGGCUCCCGCGGUCCAGAGCGCAGCCCGGGAACCGGGCCGAGCUGCGCGCCCCCGCGGCCGUGCACAGCUGAACGGCUUCCCCGCUAGGGCGCUGGGAAGGAAGACUGGCGGCCUCGUCACGUGUCCUCGGCGAUCGAGAAACAGUUCCAGUGGUAAGGAGUCUUUUCAAAAUAUAAGAGGAAUAAAGAAGUCACCUCCCCACCUUUCAUCAUCUAACAGAUUGAGCAAGAAUAUUUCAAGCACAACAGAGAAGACAGCGCGUCCAACCCUAGAUGAUGACCAGCCCUGUGAUUUUUUCAAGAAAGGGAGUAGGGUGAGUGAAUCUCACCAGAAGAGCAGCAGCAUGGAUGCCGGCCGGUCUUGGAAUAAAGUGCCACGUUGGAAGAACGCUUCAGGGAAAAGGCAGAGCGAGUCCGGAGGCCUCCCUGCUCCUUCCAGGCCAAAGGGCAGCCUCCCCCGCGUCUCCCCUCCGGCUGGGGAGGAGCUUGGAGGACGCAUUUCCCCAGAAGGUAAAGCCGAAAGGAGUCCACUGGGGCCCGGGUGUCGCGGGCCCGCGGGGAACAAGCUGCUGCUGGACUUCCAGUCGCUGAGACUCAUGAAAGAGGACUCCGAGGAGGACAGCGCCAGCGACCUCUCCGACUCGGAGCGCGUCCCCGUCCCCCCUUCCCCGCGCUCGCCGCCAGACCUGCAUCUGCGAGCGGAGGAAAUCGACCCGGUCUGCUUCGACCUUGAUCUUCAACCAGGUCAGGGCCACGCCAGACCGGAAUACUGCUACCCCGACUUCCUCCCGCCGCCUUGUAACUCCUGGGACUUGCGGGACAUGGCUGUGCUCGCGAACACGGAGCCCAGGCCGGCCCCCGGGCCACGAGCCGGAGGGCUUCUGGGGAAGUACGUGGACCGGCUGGUGCAGCUCGAGUGGCUGCAAAUCCUGACUGUCCAGGGCGAGAGAGCAAAGGCGGCCAAAGCCCGGCUGCCCCCCGCGCCCGGGACCGCGCCCGGGCCCACGGGGCCUCUGAAGAGCCCGGGGAGAAGCAAGCCCCCGGGCAGUGCCGGGUCCAGGCCACACCAGGACGGCGCCCCCAGGUCGGGCUCCUCGCGGAAGAAAGGCGCUCCCCGCGAAGGCCACCCGCCCUCCUGCUGGUCGGAGACACCCGCUAAGCCCCUGGAAGUGCUGGGCAUCGGCAGGUUGUGCUCUCAGAAGCACGCCCCGGGCGCGCGGGCCGAGGAGAAGCGGAGCGGCAGGAGCCCGCGGCCGCGCUGGGACCUGGCCGGCAGCGGCAGCAGCCGCAGGAUGGAGAGCAGCAGUAACCUCCGCGGCCCCGCGCCCCCCGGGAGCCUGGACGCAGCAGACCCCCCCAAGGCCUCCAGAACGCAAGCACACGCAAAUCCGAGGAAAAAGGGAAACGCAGAUAACUGUAGUCAGGCCUCCCUGGCCAGUGAGAAAAAACUCAAAACGAAUGGAGGAAAGCAGAACCCACGUAAAUUCAAAUAACAUCCGAAAUGGUGAACUGCGAAGACCGCAGAACCCUAAAUAUGGAGGCCCCCCGAGAGUGACAAGAUGUGAAUGUCAGGAAACAUUAUGACUGCCACUUCCGGCCGCCUGGUUCUUCAGUACCCCCACCGGGGUGUUUCCACCAAAGGGAUCGUGGGAAGCCCUUCUUCAUGUUGAUAGUCUUAAGCAAAUGAUAGCCAUUGGAUAAAAUCAACCAAGGUCUGUGCCGUGUAAAGGAGCAAAGUGACAACCCCCCGGGGGAGGGGUAACAGCCGGUGGGCGGCUGUGGAGAGCAGAACUAGGAUGUUGAGCUGCACUUUCCCUUCAUGAGAACAGUGCCCGCAGUUUAACACUGCCCGGCAUCAGCGUCCUAGAUGGUCAGUGCCAGACGCCAGUGUCCGAGAUGGUCAGGGUUCUCUCUUUUGUCCCCAUCAUGAGCCCUCCAAGCAGAAGCUCUGUCCGAUUCAGCCCUAGAAGUUCUGGCUCCUCAUCAAAUUGGGGAGCAUGGAUUUUGAACAAAAUCAUUUAUCGCAAAGCCACCUGCUAUACAGAGACCACAGAAUCUAGUGUUUUCAUACAUUUUCCUGGAUGUUGGUUUAAAAAAAGCAACAUCUUAAAUUUGUGUUCUCUAAGCUGAGGGUGGGAAGUCAGUGGGUGAGCGUGAUGUGCUGUCUGGAGGGCCAGCAUGGAAUACGUGGCACCCCAACCCUGAAGAGGCGCCAUGGGGUAGAGUUUGUGGACGAAGGGCCUAUGAGCUAGAAACACAUGGAACCACUUGGAAUGUAACAACUAUUACAUUACUGAUUUGGGGCUCAGAUCCUGCUGUCUGACGUCAGAAUAAUGAUCUUUUUAGUUCGCAAGAGCAGGAUUUCAGAAUCUUGCUCAGGUGGGGGCAGAGUGGGCAGUGGAUGGGGAUGAAGGUCCUGCAUGCCUUCCUGGCGGCCUUGCUGGCCCCGUGGCUGCUGACUCCUGAGGCUUCUUGCUUCACUGCAGUUCCGUCGCAUCUACGUGUCCCUGGGGCUGUGCCGUGAGGUUCUGCUGAUGUUCAUGGGAAUAGCUCUCAAACCUUUGUUUGACUACUUUUUGCUGUACAGUAUGUUUUUAAAUUUAUCUUUAUUUUUAUUGUUGACACUAUUACAGAUGUCCCCAUUCCCCUCAUCCUUUGCCCACUUCCGCCCUGCCCCCUCCCCCUCCCCUCUGGCCAUCACCACGCUGUUGUCUGUGUCUAUGAGUUAUGCGUAUGUGUUCUUUGGCUAAGCCCUUCACCUUCUUUCAUCCAGUCCCUUUCCUCCUCCCCUCCCGCAGCUGUCAGUCUGUUCCAUGUAGCCAUGCCUCUGUUUCUAUUUUGUUUGCCAGUUCAUCUUGCUCAUUAGAUUCCACAUAUGAGUGAGAUCAUAUGCUAUUUGUCUUUCUCUGACUGGCUUAUUUCACUUAGUCUAAUACUGUGCAGGUAUGUUUAAUGACGGUAGCUGAUUUUAACCCUUUAAAAGAGUAUUCUGUUUACAAGUUUCUAUGUUUUCACCUUUGGGGCAGAUGAAAAACGUGGCUCUCUCAUUUGAAAAUAUCUAAUAGUUUGCAGACUUUUCCCUCAGCAGUCAAUGUCAUCCAAGGUGUUUUCUAAGUUAACAGCAUAAGGACAAGAUACACAUAAUUAAAAUAAGAGGCAAAUGCUAAAUAUUAAGAUCCUGUUUUAAAUCUGAUUUCAGUCAUACUAAAUAACAGAUAAAAUUUUUAUGGUAGUCUUUUUCUUCCCAGACUUUAUUUUCACAUAUUUCCAGAUCCUCUCUUACAUUCCUUACCUCCCAUCCCUCCCAUCCCCUACCCCCCAGAGAAAGCAAGCUCUUACCCUGAGAUCUUACACCUUUUUACACAGACAGGAGCUGGACAUCUCAUACGUAUAACUUCCCCGGUCGUCACUAGAGUAUCCUUCUGUUCCAGUCCAAGUGCUGUGUUUUGCAAACAUAGAGACUCUUCUUUUCUUUCUGGGCUUCCUGAGUGCACCCCAUGCCUCACUGGCUGCCCUGCUCCUUGUGAGCACCAUAGGUGGGUCCUUUAAACACGCUGGCAGGCGCUCAUGCUUCCUUCUCUGCCAGGUUUUUACACAGCUCUUUAGUAGUUUCCGGCCCAUAAAUCUUUGUAAGCCCAUUACACACACACGUGUGCUCCUGAUGCUAACACGGAAAGGUCCACGCAGAGUUGCUGCCGAGCCUGGCAUGGUGUCCAUCCAUGUGGGUGCCCUCGGGGCACCUGCAGGGGGAGGCCAACCUGCUUCACUGUGCUGGCCUCCUGUGGUCUGAGCUGAGGUCCAUCACACUUAAGAAAUUUAGAGGUAACACCGCGGAUGUUACAUUUGUGCUUUGAAUUGAAGGUGGUUACUUAAUUUGGGGAGCAGUCAUAACGUCACAUGACAGGACAGUUUUUAAAGACUGAAAAAGUGGUUUAGCUUGCUUCCCCUUUUGCCUCAGGUUGAUGGUUUAUUUUAAUCAUUAUUGUUGUAAUGGGGUCAGAGCUCCUAAUGAAUAGUGCAGGUGAUUAGCGAACAUGAGCACACUUCUGGUUUUAUGAUUUCUUUAAAAAAAUGUAUUUAUUGAUUUUUAGAGAGAGAGGAAGGGAGAAGGAUAGAGAAAUAGAAAUAUCA